CUUUCAAGAGGAGCAGUGGAGGCAAAAGACAUAUCUGACUUCAAGACUAAGCUUGCCAAUUGCACUGAGAUUGCCGACUUUGGUAAUUGCUUGGGUAAUACAGAAGGCUUCUGUCCAAAGGAUAUUGUUUGCGGGUGUAAAGACAACAAACCUUUUUGCAAAUGUCCUUACUUCCGAGGCCUCUGGGGAGAUUACUGGUACAUGGGUCACAAAUGUGAACAACUCUGGAAUACUUUGGACUUGAUUUUAAUAACUGUACUUCCUGCAGUAGCACUGGCUUUCCUAGUUGGUGUAAUAAUACAGUGCGUCUACUACUGUAAAAACAAGUCAAAUAAAAGUGUUAAAGGAGCUAGGAAACAGGCAAGACAAACAAAACUUGAGUCACAGCAUAACCCUGUGUUUGUUCCUGAGCUGGGUGAUAACUCAAGAUAUGUUUCUCAACAGCAGUGGGCUACGGAUGACUGGACCACAGCGAAUAUUAAAAUGCCAAAAAUUCAACUGCAUAGCCAAAGUUUUGCGCAAUCACAGUCACCUGGUGAAGAAGAAGUUUACAGCUAUAUACCACAUCGGCCAUCAGCAAGACCAGUUCCAACAGCAGACAGUUCUUUCAGCCUCCAAUCUCCUCCACGUAGCCAGUUUGGCUAUCAGAACAGUCGUAUUCCUAAUGUGGAUUAUGAAGAGGACAACCCCAUUCCAGCUAUGUCUGGGAGGCAAUUUCCUAAAUCUGGCAUACCGGAGUUUUCUAGGUCUGACGGGUUUCAGAGUGUUGCUCAACCAAUGGACAAUCCAAACGCUGGAAGACCAGUAAGGCCUUACCAACUAGGACGCUCACAAAAAUAUAAAUAACUACAAGAAAGCUUUAUAAGAAAGGGAUCAUCUAUGGAAUAUUACUCAUUAUAAAACAAAAUUCAGAUAUCUAUUUGGAAGUUAAUACUGUUUCAGAGUUGACAUUAGCUCUGUCUGGCUCCGCUCUAUGGUUACUACUGCACAGCCAUGAAGGAGGCAAGUAAUUAUGGUCCAAAUGCAUGAUGUCAUGAGGACAGCAUCAUGUUGGGACACUGAGCUUCUAGGUGUUCUAAGAUACAGUCAAAUCUUGGGACAGCCACUAAUUUAGGGAGCUGAACAAUCUGCUGUUCCAUUGUGCAGCCCAUCUCUCUUGUACUGUCUCCCUGACAUCGUCAAUUUCCCUGAUCCUAAAUGUUCAACUCAAAACUCUUUAGUUUUCCCUUUAAAAUAUGGUUUGAUUUUAUUUGUAACGUGUAUGAAAGACACCAUGAAAAUAUAGUAGUGUGAUUUCAGCCCUUUGUUUUACCCUUUAUAAUAAAUCAUACUCUUCAUUAACUUUAUGAAAUCAGUAAAACCAUAAGAUAAAUAAAUAAA